GAGAGAGAGAGCGCAGGGUGAGGACGGGGGAGAGCGCACAGACUCCGGGCGCAGCAGCAGUCCGUCUUCGGCUCCAUCCUCAGCUCUCAGCGAUUUUUUCACCCGUCAAUCAAACCCUGAAGGAUUAUGACCCCAGAUUUAAGGUGAAUCUGGGCUGGGAGAUAACACGUCUGUGAGCUGUGCGUCAGAAACAUGAGGACUACUCUACAGGCUGUUGUGUGGCUCUGCCUGGGCCUGUGCGUGGAGGCUCUGUCCCUGAGUGGACGGAGGGUAGAGUCGGGACGAGGAGAGGGGAGCGAGGCAGAGAGAGGAGAGAAGCUGCUCCGGAGAGUCAGGCGAGGCUGGAUGUGGAACCAGUUUUUCCUGCAGGAGGAGUACACAGGCAGUGACUACCAGUACAUCGGCAAGCUCCAGUCGGACCAGGACCACGGAAACGGUCAAGUGAAGUACGUUUUGUCCGGAGAGGGGGCGGGCACCAUCUUUGUCCUUGACGAGAACAACGGUGACCUGCACGCCACUCGCCGUCUGGACCGAGAGGAGAAGUCGUUUUACAUCCUCAAGGCCACGGUGACCAACAAACAAACGGGAAUCAAGCUGGAGCCGGAGACCGAGUUCACUGUCAAACUCCACGACAUCAACGACAACGAGCCCCAGUUCGACAAAGAGGUUUACACGGGCAGCGUGCCCGAGGGCUCGGAUAUUGGUACGUCGGUCAUCCAGGUGACAGCCACAGAUGCUGAUGACAGUAUGUAUGGAAGCAGUGCUAAACUGGUGUACAGCAUCAGCCAGGGUCACCCGUACUUCUCUGUGGACCCAAACACAGGAGUGAUCCGGACCGCCCUGGGUCCUAGGGACAUGGACCGCGAGCAGAGGGAGCACUACCAGGUGGUGAUCGAGGCUAAAGACAUGGCCGGGCAGAGAGGGGGGCUCACAGGGUCCACCAUGGUCAACAUCUCCCUCACCGACGUCAACGACAACCCGCCUCAAUUCACCCAAAGAAUUUACCAGUUCAGAGCCUUUGAGUCGUCCAAGUCUGGUACUCCAGUUGGGAGGCUCAAAGCUACCGACAGAGACAUCGGGAAGAACGCUGAGAUGUACUUCACCAUCGUCAGCGGAGACGGCAUGGACAUGUUCGACAUCUCUACCGACAAAGACACUCAGGAAGGCAUCAUCACCGUCAGCAAGCCUUUGGACUUUGAGAAGAAGCCGUCUUACACAGUGGAGAUUCAGGUCCAGAACACACAGCUGGACCCGCGCUUUUCCUCAGCCGGCUCCAAAGACAUGGCCACGGUUCGGAUUGCCGUGGAGGACGUGGACGAGCCGCCGCUGUUCGACAAAGCCAGCUACCUGAUGGAGGUGAAGGAGGAUGCUGCAGUGGGCGUGGCCGUGGGCUCAGUCAGUGCCAUGGAUCCCGACGGAGCUCGAAGCAUGGUCAAGUACUCGAUUGACCGUCGCACAGACAUGGACCGCCUGUUUAACAUCCACCCAGGAAACGGGUCUGUGUUCCUGCUCCGGGGUCUGGACAGAGAAGCGAGCGCCUGGCAUAACAUCUCCGUCAUCGCUACUGAGUUCAAUAAUCCCCGUCAGAGCAGCCAUGUUCCCAUCUUUAUCCGCCUGCUUGACAUCAACGACAACGCCCCCACCUUCGCCACCGUGUACGAGACGUAUGUGUGUGAGAGGACGAAGGCCGGCCAGAGGAUCCAGAAUGUGAGUGCAGUGGAUGCAGACGAGCCAUCAUCGGGACACAAGUUCUUCUUCAGCCUGGCUCCUGAGGGGACGCAGCGCAGCAACUUCACCGUCAGAGACAACGGAGAUAACACAGCCGGCAUCCUAACACGCAGAGCCAGCUACAGCCGCCUCCACCAGAGCGUCUACCUGGUCCCCGUGGUGAUCACUGAUGGAGACUACCCCAUGCAGAGCAGCACGGGUACCCUGACCGUGCGAGUGUGCACCUGUGACCGUGAAGGCAACAUGGAAGUGUGUAACGCCGAGGCUCUUAGCAGCGCUCCUGGACUCAGCACUGGAGCUCUCAUCGCCAUCCUGCUAUGUGCCAUCAUUCUGCUCAUGAUCGUGGUCCUGUUCACGGCUCUGAAGCGCCAGAGGAAGCAGGAACCGCUCAUCAUCUCCAAGGAGGACGUCCGGGACAACGUGGUGAGCUACAACGACGAGGGCGGCGGCGAGGAGGACACCCAGGCGUUCGACAUCGGAGCCCUGCGUCACCCGGACACCGCCGCCGCCUUGGAGGAAUCCGCCAAACAGAGGCGUGACAUCAUCCCCUCCGACACCCUGCUGUACCCGCCGCACCGCCGCCCCGCCCCCACCGCCUGCAGCCUCAUGAUACCGCCAGUCAGCGUGGCGACGCGCGACAACGGGGACGUGCGAGAGUUCAUCAAUCAGAGGGUGCUGGAGAACGACUGUAACCCGACGGCGCCGCCUUACGACUCGCUGGCGACCUAUGCCUACGAGGGGGCGGGAUCAGUGGCGGAGUCGCUGAGCUCCUUGGGGACGGUGUCGUCUGAAGCCGAGCAGGACUACCACUACCUGAGUGAAUGGGGGCCCAGGUUCAGGAAACUAGCUGAUCUAUACGGGGCCGAGGACAGUGACUUCUCCUAACACACACACACACACACACACACACACACACACACACACACCUCCAUGUCAGAGACGGAAUCACUGCAGGGCCGAGCACACACACACGUUACUGAACGGUGCUGAGCAGCUUUAAGACAAAACACAGACGACACACGAUGAAGCAGGGGGAUGUGCUGGUUCAUUUCAUUUGUUUCAAUAGGAGGAUCAACGGCCCGCCCUCGCCCUCGCCCUCACCGCACAAGGAUCAGAGAAGCUUACCGGUUAGAGGUCUUCAUGUGUCCACAUGGACUCAGUGACCCAGGACAGGAUCUGGGAUCUUGUAUGGCUUUGGGUCCUGAGUCUCUUUACCGGUUUGUGUUAGACCCAGGUGGAUGCUUAAAAACACAGAAUGAAGCAGUGUACAGUGUCCAAAGUGAGGAAUCCCUGAAAACACAGUCAGGAUGCACUGUGGAGGACGUCACAGAUGUGUGUCGCUGUGUCGUCGACAUUCAUGGAUCCUUUUAGCCUGUACCAUCAACCUGUUGCAGUUUGGUCAGCUUUUCUAAAGGUGGUCAUAACGGUGAAGCGUACUCUAGUGGUGUCAGAACACAGGUGUUAAAGUACUCACAGUCCAACCUUCAGUAUGUCAGACAGAGAACUGGUUAGAGUCAUUUUAUAUUCUGCAGACAAUCAGCUGUUAGCUAGCAGUCAAGUUUCAUGAACAGAUGGUCAUCACUGUUAAGUAACCUUACUUUAAAAUGUACUCGUUACUGCCACUAAGAAGUAAAUUAUGUUGCUGCAUUACAGAGGAAAGUAACACGUUUAUGUUACCGACAAUUCAAACCUUUUUUUGUGUCUUUAGCGUCGGGUUAUUUUGUCCGGACGCUUUGUAGCCUCCUGUACCUUUGAAUGUUUCAGGCCCAUAAUCUGUAAAUCUGCAGACUAAGAACAGGACUAACAGACUCACUAAACUUUACAGAUCUUUGUAACAUAACAAUGAGUAAGGUAUUUUACCUGCUCUUUUGUAAAGUGUCUUGAGAUAACACUUGUUAUGAGUUGACGCUAUAAAAAUAAAAAUUGAAUUGAAUGAAAACAAUACAACACAGACUCAUAAAUUGACCACCAUGUUGUUUUUAAUAAUAUUCACAACAGGGAGAAUUCCACAAAGUAAAUGUCGUCCUCUCUUCUCGCUAGUUGAAUUAGCUAUCUACACACAAUCGGAGGUUUACCUGGUACGCAGCUACCUGACAAGAUGUAGGAGAGACGUAAACAAUGAUCUAUACUCUAAUGGAUUACUUUAUAACGACCCCUGACCCUGACGGCCAUGGACACAAAAUCAUCUCCUGCUGAGGGUUAAAUCAAAGAGUAACGCACAUCAGACACACAGCGACCUGUGACACCCAGAGCUAACGGCCCCACCUCAGCAUGAAGGCUUGUUUUUAAGGGAGUCCGGCACCUUGAACACAUUUCACCUGUUUUGUCUUCUGUCAAAUGUUUCCGCUCCAUUUGGGUUUGGGUCAUCAUUUGAAGACUUCUCUUUCAAAGUCAUUUCCAAAAUGGGAACAAGUGAAGGUAGAAAUGUGAAUCAACCAGCACAGAAAGAUGGAGGACAAUGAUCUUCAGCUCCCCCCCACAGACUCGUGUCAGGCCUAACUGCAGUUUUGAAUCAAAUUUUGUGUGUUUUUGUAUCGGGAGUUGGAGUUUUGCUACCUUCAGGCUUUGCUUUAAUCUCUCCUUGGUGACCAAAUAAGUGUUCUGCAGAGUGUUUCCUGUGGCUCUACUGACCAGAGGGAAGUGUUUGUAACUGGAGCCCGCUCUGUCAUUUCCUGGGUGGACCACACACAUGUUUGCUUCUCCAGAUUUCCAGUGAAGUGUGUGGCAAAGACUUUUUUUUUUGUUUAGUUUUUUUUGACUAAGUGCCCUUCUGCUGCCCUUCGCGCUGAACUGUGGACGCCUGAGGGGGCGAAUGACUCUCACAUGAUUGCUUUUUGUCUUUCUUGCUGUACAAAGAACCAUUCCAGAGGAGCUGUUCGGUAAAAAAAAAAAAAAAAAACGCCUUCUUCGGGACACAGAGUAAAAAAAAAAGAACAACUCACAUGCAAAAUGCACUGAUUCUUUCUGUUGAUGCAGGUUUUUGUUUUGUGCUGUACACAAAAAGAGAAAUAUGUAUAUUCAUGGCUUCAUUUCUAGAACUUUAGCUAUUGAUUAAGUGUAUGUUGUGUCAGAAACGUGGUUCAACGCAGUUUUACUGGAUGCACACUAAGUUUUAUAAAUCUUUCAUCUACCAGUAUUUUUAUUUUAACAACACAUAAAUUCAGAUAUCAUAGAGACGAUUGUAAAAUGAAGAGUGGUCGUUGAGGAUCUGCUUCAAAGAGGGAGCCUUUAAAGCAGAGCUGUCAACAGGUCAAGUCACCAAAACUCAAGAAUUUAUAAUGUUUCAUUUGUGCCAAAUAUUAAACAAAGAGUCUCUAAAUAAUGAUCAAUAAAAACAGACACAGUUACAACUAGGUGAAGACGAACAUUUGGUAUCAAAGAGCGAGGAGCUGUUGGAGCCAGAACCAGAACUAGAACCAGAUGUGUGUGAGGGUGAACAGUGACUCUACAUUCAUGUCAGACUCUAAACUCAGUUAAAUGUUAACAGUAACAAAAACAGGUCAGAUGUUAGAUAAAAAGAUUAACACUUCUCAUAUGCUGCCUUCAGGUGCUCCUUGGAAACAUCGUACUUACCAGUUGUGCAGAGUAUUUAUUUAAAAUGUUGUGGACAAACAACAAAUAAAUGUGCACAUUGAUAUGUAGAGAAAACUAGCAGUGUUCUGCAAAAGAGACAUCAUUGUUGGUUUUAACAUAAGUCCUGCCUUUGACAGGGCAAAUAGCCAAUCACAGUUGAGGAUUUUUUUGUGGUGGCACCUGUGGUGGCCAAUCAGAUUUCUAGAGGGGACCAUGCCAUCCCGCUGGAGCACCUGAAGGCAGCAGCACUGUUUUUAUGGGGACUAAAAAGCUUAGGUCAGAGGGAUCCACAGUAAGUGUGGAUGUGUUCACUAUCCACUGUCCUGUCUCUCCAAUAAAUACAUAAAUCCUAAAAACUCACAUUUAAAAAAACAUGAGUUCUCACAUGUGGCGUAACUGACAGUAUGAGAUGUAAUGUAUUUCAGCUGCGGCUCAGCAGAGAGCUACGGGGCUUUUAAAAUGAAUAAGCAAACCCCACUGAAAGAAAAGUACACUUCAUUUGAUGAAAGCAUCUUUAAUGUCUUUGAGGAUCAUAUUUUAUAUUAAAAAUCAUACAGGCCUCUCUCACUCCUCCUCACCUACGAUCAGCUGGCAGGGCUCCUUGAUAAAGAGAUCUGAUUGGCCAGUAGGCGUUCAGCCACUAUCUCAAACAUAACCUGUUCAGGAGCAGGUAAGGUGUCGAGUUUGCAGCUUGGUAGUUCAGGCUUCUGCUCACACUUUAAUCUUCAUCCAACAGUCAUUCUAGUUCUGCUCUGGUUCUGGAGACGACCUCACCACAACACGUCCGCAUGAUCCAGACUUCUUCUCAGUGGAUCUCUGAGUCUCCAUGGUUUCAGUAAAAUCUUCCAGCUGUGUUCGAUAGGCUGCUCAGAAGGCUAAAUCUAAAAUCUCUACGUUAUUCUUUGUUCUGUAACUCUUUCUUUUUGUACCAAAUAUUUAUCUUUGACAUCCUUGGAGGGGGAUGAAAUCAGAAUACCGUCCAGCUUCACUGUUUUGUAUAUCGUAUUUUUGGAGGUGUGAAACACACUGUGGACAGUCUGCCGUCCGUACAUGAUGUACAUGAUGUAUUCUCCUGUUGUUUCAUUUUGUCAAAAUAAACUUUUACAGUGAA